AUGUGCGGCACUAAUGGCGCCACAGGGCAGUGGACUGGCGUGAAGGUGCCUCACCGUCACUCCGGUUGCCCACGCAAAUGUCGACGGAUAUCACCACGCCGCCAUUCAUUACACCCCACAGACGCCCCAGUGGAGUGGUCCAGCAACACAACGGUGUCCUUCCCACUCACAGACCUCACACACAAUGACAGUCUCUCAUGCUCAUAUCAGAGAGGCACUGCGGCAUUCCCUAAAAAGUACACGGAGUCACACACCUACAGAGAGGAACAGAAAAACACAAGCAAAGAAAAACAACAACCAGAACAGGAUACCAACAGGACACAAAGCACUCACAAUACAAUAAACACAGGUCCCACUCCCAUCAGAGAAAAACAUUUACCCACACCAGCACAUCAACACAUCCCAACAAUAAAGAGAAAAACAGACUCAUGA